AAAAACUUAUUUCAUAUAAGAAUUCGAAUAUUGGCGGGAAUAUUUUUACAAUCAAUUUCCGGAGUUGCACAGGAAACUUUACUCCGCUGCAAAAUUAACACCUUAAAUAAAAUAUCUAUUUUCAGCUGUCAACGCGUAGUGAUAUUUGGAACUGGAUAUCAAACCUCAACUCAAAACCUGUCUUUUCUUCAAGAGAGCUUGAAGUGAAUCAUGUCUGUGCACGAAAGGCGAAAUGAGGAAUGGGAGAAGAACGGCCCGACCUCUGAGAAGGAGCCUCAAGGUUACGAUGGGCCCCCGGGAAUGGACCCCGACGGCGUCAUCGAGUCGAACUGGGACGAAGUGGUCGACAACUUCGACGAUAUGAACCUGAAAGAAGAACUUCUUAGGGGGAUUUAUGCUUACGGUUUUGAGAAACCUUCGGCCAUUCAGCAACGAGCCAUUAUACCGUGCGUUAAGGGACUCGACGUUAUCGCUCAAGCACAAUCCGGAACUGGAAAAACGGCCACUUUUUCUAUAUCUAUUCUACAACAAAUCGACACUUCCUUGAGGGAAUGUCAAGCCCUCAUUUUAGCCCCGACUCGUGAACUGGCACAACAAAUACAGAAAGUCGUUAUCGCUUUAGGAGAUUUUAUGUCGGCACAGUGUCAUGCCUGUAUUGGAGGCACUAAUGUUAGAGAGGACAUCAGAAAACUAGAAGCUGGAGCACAUGUAGUUGUGGGCACGCCUGGUCGUGUAUAUGACAUGAUAACAAGAAACGCCCUACGAUCGCAAAACAUCAAAAUGUUUGUAUUGGAUGAGGCGGAUGAAAUGUUAUCUCGAGGUUUCAAGGACCAGAUUCACGAUGUAUUCAAAACUCUGAGUCCCGACGUUCAAGUCAUUUUGCUCUCUGCUACCAUGCCCCCGGACGUAUUAGAUGUAACAAAAUCCUUUAUGAGAAAUCCCAUCAGAAUAUUGGUGAAAAAGGAAGAGCUGACCCUGGAAGGUAUCAAGCAGUUCUUUGUCUACGUGGAGAAGGAGGAGUGGAAGCUGGAAACAUUGUGCGAUCUGUACGACACCCUGUCCAUCACCCAGGCCGUGAUCUUUUGCAAUACUCGUCGCAAGGUGGACUGGCUCACGGAAAACAUGCACAAGCGGGACUUUACAGUUAGCGCCAUGCACGGGGACAUGGAGCAGAGAGAGCGCGACGUCAUUAUGAGACAGUUCCGAACGGGGUCCUCCAGAGUUUUAAUCACCACGGAUCUGCUGGCCAGAGGCAUCGACGUACAACAAGUUUCCUUAGUUAUUAACUAUGACCUACCUUCCAACAGAGAAAACUACAUUCAUCGGAUCGGAAGAGGCGGCCGUUUCGGUCGUAAGGGAGUGGCCAUAAACUUCGUGACGGAGGAAGACAAGCGCACGCUGCACGACAUCGAGCAGUUCUACAACACGAAAAUCGACGAGAUGCCCAUGAACGUGGCCGACCUGAUUUAAGCCGCCCCCAAGACCCCGCUUCUUGGCUCGCGCGGUGGCCGCGAACUGGUGCGCGCCCGAUGCGCCGUUGUUGUUGCCUAAGGUUCCGUUUUGGCGCGCGCAUCCUGUGUCAGACAGUCAAUCUUUGGGCGCGUCAGCGACGUGCGCUCUAAACGCUCCCGGGUUCGCUAAAUCAAACAUAAAAACUUUCCUAAGUGUAAUUUGUACAUGUUCAAUACUGAUUAAUUUUAUGUGUAACCGUAGCGAAUAAUUUUUAUUUAAAUUUAACGAUUUUAAAAUGGACGCUUCUUCCUCUAGAAGUAAAUGUUUCAUUGCUGGCCCGUCGCCGGGUCUGUGGCGUUUCCCGCCGCGACACACCUUUUUCAGGAAAAAUUUGGUUGGAUAUUGGAAUGGUUAUUUUAAUUACAAAAAGUGUAAAAGGAAAUAUUCCCUUAUUGGAUGUUAAAUAUUUUGUAUUAUACAUUAAUAAUAAAACUGAGUCCAAUAAUU